AUGUAUAUUAUAUAUUCGUUUAGUAUCUAUAAAUUAGUUUAUCCUCUGAACGCUCAGGACAGGAUCGGUGGCCCAUCAUUGGCCAUCAGUGAGCAAAAAGAGCCCAGAUCACCGCGUGCCCAGAGAAGCUACAGCGCGGAAAUCGAUUUUCUGCAAAAGACGCAGGCAGUGAGGCGUACCGAGGAUCGCCGGUACACAGACUUCGGAGAGGCUGGGCGCUGGAUGCCAUCCUCAAAGCAGGUCUCAAAGACAAAGAGGCUUCCCUUCCCGACCCAAGACUCGAUAGAAGAAGAAGAAGACGCAAUUCAAGCGGACAAAGCGACAUGGGAGAGCGAUCAAAGUGAGCUCAGGGACCAGGAAGAAAGAUCGCAUGGUAAACAAAUUAGCCCGAGAACUAAGAUGUCCGAAGCUUUCAGCGCUGGAGAGCACGAUACUAUGGUGCCGAUGAAAAACACAAAGAGUCACGCCACCAGAAGCCAUAGCGCUGGGGCGACUUGCUCCAGAAGCAGAGAUCACUCAAGCUUUGGCUCGCCCCCUUCCAGGCCAUGCAGGGAACGCAGAUACACCGACACCACCCUGGAUCCGCCAGGGUGGGAUUCUCCGACGAUCGGCUUCGUUUGUGACGACGUCUUUCAGGCUAACCAGCACUCGGAAGAUGCAAAAUCUGCAUCCUUGGGAUCAACACCGACUGGCACAGUACGUCGGGGCAUCACGGAGCAGCGAGACUACAAAAGGAGCCCGUCCUCCGAGCCAGCGAGGUGUACCACUGGGGUAAAUCAGCGAAUCCGUGAUCUCUACGACUUCAAAGUCGAGACCGAGUGGCCCAGGAAGGCGAGACACCCACCCCGAAAGAACUUUUGGAUCAGCAAGAGCAGAAGUGACGAAAAGGAGCACCACGAAUCGUCGGCGUCCAAAGAACGGAACGCAGACGUAUUGCAAAAACGGGCCUUCGAAGAUCUGGACGAAGACGAGCGCGAGGAACGGCUCAGAAUAUUCCACGAAAAGCUGAGGUUCAGUGAGGAUCUUGGACAGCCGAUCGACCAGCGGGAGCGGAGGCUUCACUCUGCUGAUGACUUUGGCAACGAGAGAGCAUGCAGACAGAUUUGGAGUGCUAAGCGAACUUCCAGGGGUUCGAGAGAGUCCUGGAUCAGCUACACCGAGAUCAGCCAAGCCAGGCAGGAGUCCCGAGUAAGCGACGCGAGCUACGUAAGCAUCGAGGUGUUCGAGAGAAGCGUUGAGGCCUCGACGAGAAAAGCCUUCAGCCAAGGCGAUGAACCGACUCCUUCGUCGUCAACGCCGCCAACACCGCCGUCGACUCCAAUGUCGAAAAACUCGACGGGAAAACGAAAUCCGCACCCGAAACCCGAAAGACAGGGUUCCAAGUUCAAGAUCUAUCUGGUAUAGGGAAUUAGAGUCAGAUGUUAUGGAACGUCUUUUUAACGAAUUACCGGAGUACUGUU